UCAGUCUCCAAAAUUUCGAAAUGUCAUCCUAACUUGUGUUGACCAUCCGUCCAGAGUCCAAUUGUGCGCCCGCCGCAGUAACAUAGCAAUACCGAUUCCUUCCCGGGCUAUAACUGCCCAUAUUACGCCGCCAUCUUCUCCGGAAAUUGUUUAGAAGAGCAGGGAACUCAUCACGGAAAGUCGACGAUCUAGAUACCCCACCAACCGACCAUUACCAACACAGGUACUUCGGCCCGUACCUUGCAGAAGAAGAAGAUACGAAACAUAUAAGGACAGACUCGGUUGCCCGCAACCAUGUUUGUCUGCCGGGCUUGUCUGCGGAAAGGCCUAGCUCCUGGAGCUUUGGCUAGGAUAAAUGCGCCCCUCCCAAGGCUCCCAAGGCUAGGCGCACUUACACCAAGCCAGUCCACGACCGCCCUCCGAUUCUACCACUUGCCCGCCCUCAAGCCUAAGACUGCCGCCGAUCCCUCCGUUACCCUCGAUCUCGAAGCGCCGGAAGGGGAAGAAGAUGGAGACUGGUCGGAAAAGAAUGGGAAAAGGAGAGACUUGAGCGAGGAGCAGCGGAAGAAGCUGGAGCGCAGUGCGGCCCUACAACUCAAGCAUUUCAAGGAUCCCUUCCACAUUGAGAAGCAGGUCAAGUUGACUCUCGACAAAGGAAAAUACGAGGAGGCCCUUGUUCUCACCCGCAAGGCCAGCAAGAGCGCAAAGGUCCAGGUCUCGUGGAACCAUCUGAUCGACUACCACAUGAAGAACAAGCGUCUAUCUGCCGCCAUCAAGAUCUACAACGAGAUGAAGAAGCGCGCCCAGGUUCCAGACGCCAGGACUUACACCAUUAUCUUCCGAGGCUGCGCCAUGAGCGAACACCCAAAGCAGGCAGUGGCAGAAGCCAUCAAGAUCUACCACAGCUUGCUCAGGAAUGAGCGCGUCAAGCCAACCACGAUCCAUCUUAACGCCGUCCUCGAGACAUGUGCCCGCGCCGGCGACCUGGACAGCAUGUUCACGACAGUACAAACAGCCAACGAAAGCACACGCAAGCCCGACAACCUGACCUAUACAAUCAUCUUCAACGCCCUUCGCGCCCAAUUCAACCCACGACUGUCACUCGAUCGGGAUCCGAUGCAGCGCGACCAAGAAGAUAUCAACCGGGAGAAAAAAGAGGCUAUCGACAGGGGCUUGCAAAUAUGGGAAGAUGUACAGCGUCAAUGGAAGAAGGCCAACCUCAUGAUCGAUGAGGAAAUAGUUUGUUCCUUUGGAAGGCUCCUGACCCUGGGUACCAAGGAAGACAACGAGAGAGUUUUUGAGCUUCUCUCCUCGACCAUGCAGCUCCCCCGAUUCCAUGCUGGCGAGAAGGCAGCUGCCGAAGUGACCGCUAAGGCCGUAGACACAACCGCCACGUCAGUGGUCUCAUCCGAAGCAGCCUCUCCAGAAGCCGCCCCCUCAGAAGCACCACAAACAACACCAACAGAAACACCGACCGUCCAAUCUACCGAUGCGGUCAAGGAGGCCAAGGCUGAGAAGACACCCAAAUUCGAGAGGAAACCCAAAUCCAUCACCACCAGCCCCAGCCUCUACGCCAAACCAGGCAACAACACCCUCUCCCUAAUCCUCUCCGUCCUCUCCAACACGCGCCGCACCUCCCUCGCCCAAAAGUACUGGGACCUGCUCACCUCCCCGCCCUACUCCAUCAAGCCAGACAAGGACAACUACUUCCGCUACUUACGCGUCCUCCAAAUCGGCCGUGGCUCCGCCGCCACCGCGGCAGUCCUCCAGUCCAUGCCCGCCGAGUUCAUCACGCCCAUGAUACUCAAGACCGCCUUCACGACAUGCAUCCGCGACGAGCUGAACCCGCACGCCUUUUCCCCGCACGCCUGCACCAUUUUUGAUGUAAUGACCAAGAAGACCCGCUAUCCGGACGCCAUCGCCAUGCGUCUCUUCCUCCAAUCGGCCCAGGGAAAUUUCCGACACAUCAAGAAGAUGGCCGAAACCGACCCCUUGGGGUCCCGCCAGGCAAUGGGCAAACAAAUCAUCCUGGCCCUAGACGAAAUGUGGCAACCGUAUCGGAUCAUGGUAAACCAAUACUCGUACCCGAUCGGCAGUCGGGUACAAGCCCAGAGCCCGGAAGACGCGUGGAAGGCUACAAGAGCGCACAUGUCCGAGUGCGUGGUCACGGCUCGACGGAUGAUUAGCGCGCUGGAUAAGGUCAUGUUGAAUAGCAUGUGUCCCGACGACGCAGUCCUCAAAGUGCUGAAGCAGCGGAGGGUGAUUUUGCAGAAUAUGGUGGAGCGGUACGUGGCCAAGGAUGGGGAUAUGAUGGGUAAGUGGAGGGAGAAGAUGGUGGAGCGGUAUGGGGAGGCGGGGUUGAAGAAACGUGAAGAAACACAAAGGGCGAGCGAGGAAAACUAUGAGUUUGGUCAGCCGAAGCCUAACGAGUUUGAGAGGAAUCUUAACAAGAAGAAGGAGGAGGCGGAUGCGACUGCCGCCAAGGCAAAGUUUGAGAAGGAGCAAGCACAGCGACCCAAAGAGGAAGAGGAAGAAGACGACGAGGACGACGAAUGGGAAGAAAUAACGACAAGUCGCUACCCCCCCAGAGACAAGACGAAGUAUUUGAGGAUCAAGUUGAGGAGGGAAGAGAGGAGGAGCCUCCCCAGGCAGCAGCCGCAGAGUAACAACAACAGCUCGUCGUCAUGGUCGAGAGAGAGUCAGGGAAAUAAAUGGGAGAGGAACAAUAGCCAGGAGGAUAACUGGGGCAACAACAGCGGCUUCAGGAAAUCCACCUGGUAAAUGGAUGGAUGGGGUUGUUGUCCAAGUAGUUGCUGGAUGAGUUGUUGAUAGGUUGUUGUAAGUUAGUUCUGGAUGAUGAAUGUGGGAUGGAUGUUCAUCCGCUGUAUAUAUAUAUAUCCACAUAUGUUUCUACUGAUUACCUUGAUUCGUUUGGACCGACAUAUAUCAAUGGUCAGAAAUGUUUUGU